AUGUCGGGUCUUCGGCAACUGAUCCACUCCACGUACAAGACCGCGGCGGAGAAGGUCCUCCCAACACUGUCACAGUCGGCUUUCAAGGAGAAAGGGGUCCUGACCCCGCAAGAAUUUGUGACCGCGGGAGACUACCUGGUGCACUCGUGCCCGACAUGGUCCUGGGAAGCGGGUGAUGCACGGAAGGCAAGACCCUUCCUUCCAGACGACAAACAGUACCUCAUAACCAGGAAUGUACCCUGCCUGAGGAGGGCCGCAGACGUGGAGGAGUAUGGCGAGCGGGAUGAGUUUGAGGUGGAGGAAAGCGCGAGCGGCGGGGAUGGCUGGGUGACUGCCAGCUCGAGGCCCAGCGCCCCCCUCUCUUCCACGAACGAGGAGGGGUUUGAGGAGAUCCCCAGCAUCAGCGACCCACUCAAGGACCUCACCCUUGGGGACGGGGCGGGGGCCAGCCGCGCCGCUGCACGCCUUGAGGAGGAGGACGACGAUGCCAUCCCCGACCUCGCCGACCUAGAUGACAGCGAGGAUGUCGGCACGGUGGAGGCGGGCAAGGGUCCGGACGCCGCCGUGCAGCCGGGCGCGAACGAGGCGGGGGAUGGCGUGCGGCGCACCCGCACCUACGACCUCGUCAUCACUUACGACAAGUAUUACCAGGUGCCGCGCUUCUGGCUCAUUGGCUACGACGAGCGCCGGCAGCCCCUGGCCCCCGAUCAGGUGCUGGAGGACAUCUCGGCGGAGCACGCGCGCAAGACGGUCACGGUGGAGCCGCACCCUCAUGGCGUGGCCGGGGUGCAGGCGGCCUCCAUCCACCCCUGCCGCCACGCCAAUGUCAUGCGGAAGCUGGCGGGCGUCGUGACGGAGGGCCGGGCAGAGUUCCGAGUAGAACACUACCUCAUCCUGUUCCUCAAGUUCAUCGCGAGCGUGGUGCCCACCAUAGAGUAUGACUACACGAUGCCAGCCGGCGGCAACUAG